AUGCUGGAAUACGAGAACCAGAUGUUCUUGGAAAUACUUCAUGAAGAUGGAUUAAUCAUAACUGCAAAAGGUCUUGGUUUGGACACGGUAUUUAUAAAUUUAUUGAAAGCUUAUUCAGACCCAGGACACUUAGUCAUAGUUUUAGGUACAACAAAUAAAGAUGAACAGUAUUUUAUUGAAAAGCUUCGUAGUCAAAAUGAAAAACAUCUUCCUCGUGUUAUAACAGCAGAGGUUACAUCCAGUGAAAGGGAAAUUACUUAUUUGGAUGGAGGAGUAUUGUUUAUGUCUGGGCGAAUUUUAGUUGUGGAUCUGCUAAAGAGCCGUGUACCCUUACAUUUAGUUAGCGGAAUACUCGUCUAUAGAGCACAUAAAAUAUUAAACUCCCACCAAGAGGUAUUCGCAAUUCGUCUUUAUCGACAAACGAAUAAGACUGGAUUCAUUAAAGCGUUUUCUAAUUCUGCUUUGGCAUUCAAUGCUGGGUUUGCUCAAGUUGAGCGGGUAAUGAGAACAUUAUUUAUAAAACAGUUAUACCUCUGGCCACGUUUUCAUUCAGUAGUGACCAACAGUUUAUCAACUUACAAGCCACAAGUUAUAGAACUUCAUGUUAAAUUAACGCCGAAAAUGUUGAAAAUCCAGUCACUCUUGCUUGAUGUAAUGAAUUAUCUCAUAAAGGAAUUAAAAAGGAUUAACAAAUAUAUAGAUUUGGAUGAAUUAACCGUUGAAAAUGCAAUAGCAAAAAAAUUUCAUAAGCAGCUGCAACAACAAUUGGAUCCAAUGUGGCAUCAACUCAGUAAAAAAACAAAACAACUGAUUUCUGAAAUCAAAACCUUACGGUCCUUACUGAUGUCAUUAGCAUAUGAUGAUUCGGUAUCCUUCUAUGAAUUGCUGAAUCGCUUACGAUCGAAGGAAUACGUAAUAAAUAGUAGCGGGUGGUUAUUAUUAGACAUCGUUGAAGAGUUAUUUAAAUGUACAAAGGAAAGAGUAUAUACUGACAAAAAUGAACUGAAGCCGGAAGCAAAUCCAAAGUGGACAAUCUUAUCGGAAAUCAUUCUGGAAAUUCAAAACCACAAUAAGAAACGUAGUGACUUGUCUGGACAAACACAGAAAGUAUUAAUUUUAGUGCAGGACACGGUUACGUGUUAUCAGCUGAAAAACGUAUUAAUCAAGGGUCCCAGUGAAUACUUACUAUAUCAAGCAACGAAGAAGAUUCAGUUCAAGGAAACGAACAAGCAAAGUUUCGAAUGUGAUCCUGAAACGAGCAGCAAUACUGAGAAAAAUGAAAAUGUGGAAGAAGAUACAGAGCAAGACAGUUAUGUUUUGACUUUAUCGCAAAAACCAUCUACACACAUUGAAUUAAAAUCUCCAGGAGACUCGGAACAAUUCUUUGAGGAAUACUCUCAGAUAGCAGAAUUGGAUUUGACAACAUUCUCAACUUCAGUACCGCUCAUCGUUAUACAAUCUCUCAAGAAAGCCUCUGAUCCCAUGGCUUUGCAACGUACCUUAUUAGAAAUGAUGCCGAGUUAUGUAAUUAUGUAUGCAGCUGAUAUAUCCGCAGUACGACAAGUGGAAGUCUAUCAAAAUUAUAAUCCAGCUAUAAACCUUUGCGUUUAUUUCUUGAUUUAUGGUGGUUCCGUUGAAGAACAAGCAUAUCUGUCUUCACUACGCAGAGAAAAAGACGCCUUCGAACGGUUAAUUCGAGAUAAAUCAUCUAUGGUUGUACCAGCCGAUCAAGAUGGCAAAACAGAAGAUUGUGCGGCCUUGUCGACAAAAGUUAAUAAUCCAUUUAACGAAGAAAAUACCCGCCAAGGGGGAUUACAAACUGAUGGAAAAGUUAUAGAAAAAGUGGUUGUGGACAUGAGAGAAUUUGGAUGUGAAUUGCCAACCAUCUUGCACAAUCGUGGUAUAGAAAUCGAUCCAGUUACUCUUCUAAUUGGCGAUUACAUAUUAUCACCGGAUAUAUGUAUCGAGCGUAAAAGUAUUAGUGAUUUGAUUGGCUCCCUGCAAUCUGGAAGAUUAUAUACUCAGGUUAUGGCUAUGAAUCGCCAUUAUCACAAACCUAUGCUACUUAUUGAGUUUGACCAAAAUAAACCCUUCUGCUUGCAGAGACAUUACUAUGUCAGUAAAGGCGUGGACAGUAAAGAUGUGACCUCAAAAUUACAACUACUUACGAUGCAUUUUCCGCGACUAAAAUUAGUAUGGUCUCCUAAUCCACAUGCUUCAGCACAACUAUUUGAAGAAUUGAAGAAAGGUAAAGAUCAACCUGACGGUGCAAGAGCUGUGUUAAUCGGUACUCACGGAAAUGCAUAUGAGAAGGAAGUAAUGGCAAAUAAAUAUAAUGCGUGUAUGUUUGACUUCAUGAUGCAAAUACCUGGAGUAACCUCUAAAAAUAUAUAUGCGAUAUUGAAUAAAGGAAUAUCGCUGGAUCAACUUAUUUCACACACUGAAGAACAACUAAUUGACAUUGUUGGAAAUAAACAAGAUGCACAAAUAUUGUACAAUGGGUUACAUACAAUAAAUCAGACAGCAGAUGAUAUUCCAGAAGCUACCGUCAGUCGAACGAUUUCAAGAGUACGAGAAAGGGGAUUAUUUUAUAAACGAAAUAGAAGCUCUUAAAAGCAGUACAUUCAUUUCAUUAUUAAUAAAUAAUUAAUUAUUUAAUAAUUAAUUAAAAAUGUAUUAAUUUAUUAAUUCAUAUUAAUUUUAAAUUUUUCGUCCUAAACUGAAAGGUAAAAGGCAGGAUCAUGAAUUGUAUGGUAUGUUCUGAAAUACUGAAGCGAAUAAAACAAAUAUGUACAUA